CUGUUUGACUAUGCCAGGGAAUGCAAAUCAUUGCCUGCCUGUCAAAACACAUCAUCCAUUCACACGUCAAAGGAAUACUGGACUGCUAAGGGUUAAUCGGGAUUUUAGCUCGCUCUUUCUGCCGUGACAAGAAGCUCUUUGGCUCAGGAUUCCAUGUUCUGUUCUGAUGCAUGCUAGGGGAUAAUAUCUUCAUCACCAGAAAUACCCUCCUAUCUGCCUGAUCCUAGUGAGCAUGGGAGGUCUGUUCAUCCAGCAGUUGAUCUGUAUCACAGCAUCACCUCUGAGAUAUAGGACAGUGUAAAAAAACUAAAAAUAGCUCCACGCACAAAAAAAGCAACCUUGAAGUCAUCAGCAGAAUGAAGGGGAAAAAAAACAGUAAAGCUCCUAUCCUCUACAGUGUGUGGACCUGUUACAUGCUUGUGCUGAAUGCAUUGUAGGAAGAACAGGAGUCUGCUUCUUCAGCAGCAUGUGAGGAAACAUUAGGUCUACAUUCAGCUAGAGAGCAGGGCGCCACCUGCCUUUUAAUCCAUAUUAUUCUCUGCAGGAGUCAGCUUUAGAGGGAGAGAAGGGAAAAAGAUGAGAAUUCUUCAACCUGCGUGCUCCGGAGGCAAUGCUGGCUGGACCAUGUCAGUUCUACUAAGUGAUCAGGAUAUUGAUGCCCACCAAAGGUUUUCCUAAUGCAUCCUGUUGCCUGGAAAUGUUUCCCAUUCUACAUGAUCCCUCCAAGAUCUUCACUUCAGGCAGCCUGGAAAUAGUGGAUCCCAAAAUAUCGAGACUUCUUCACAAGGUAAGAAGACAAUAAUGUGUCCAAAUAAGGGAUGGAUCUGCUUAUGACUGGUUCGUAUUACCUCUGACAGAUGAGACUUGACAUUUCCUAUCUCUGUAUGAAAGAUUGGCUAGUUGGGAAACCUCAAACUGAUCUCUCCUCUCUUUGAAGUGCAGCUUCCAUUUCUUAACAUGUGAAACCAAAUGAGAGGAAGGGACAGGCUCACUAAAGACCCAGGCAGGUGGGCAAGAGAACUGAAGGUAUUUAGUAGAGCAAAUCCUUGUUUACAAAACAAAGAAGUUUUGGAGAUCACAACAUAAAGCAGCAAAACAAGAGGGGGUGUCCAUGAAAUGGACCUUUUUUGCAGGAACUCGAAAGGCUUUUAAUACAUUUCAUAGUGACGGUCAAGCUCCUCAUCCUGUGCCAGUGAGAUCUGAAGAUGAAAAGCAAUGAGCAGCACUGUGGGGAACUUUUCAGCAAGCUUCCCAGUGCUGAGCCCCAUUAGCAUGCAGUGUCAGAUGUGUUGUGUGUUUAAUGAUUUCAUUUGCUGGUCUGCCUCAUAGCUCACAUCUCUCCGUUGUUUUACAGCACAGGGGCUGCAAGCAAGAGACGAGCAGACUUUCAGCUUCAGCUACAUCUCAUCAAGGCUGGGUACCAUUUCCAGCAGCGUCAAGGGGUCCAAGAUCCUAUCUGGAUUAGAUUAGAUCAACCUCACAAGUAAUGUGUACACAGUGGACAUCAGAAUACUGAGCUGCAGGAGGUGUGGCUCCUCUGCUUUCUACUUUUCUCUCGCUGUUUUCGCUCUCUGAUGACUUCUGUCUGAUUUUAAUUUUUCUGCAAAGGAAAGAGGGUUAAAAAGCAGUGUUACUCUAUUGCGAGCAUUUGCUUCUGAUCUCUGAAGCGGUUUCCACAAGUGAUGCCUGCAUUCUUCUUAAGAUGGUCUUGAUCUGAAGUCAAGCUGGUCUUAAAGUACUGGAGCCGUCAUGGCUUCCGGGGUCGCAGCAUGGCUGCCCUUUGCAAGGGCUGCUGCCAUUGGAUGGAUGCCAGUGGCCAACUGCCCCAUGCCAUUGGCACCAGCUGACAAAAACAAAAAAGAAGAUGAGCUUAUAAUACUUAAUGUUAGCGGAAGGAGGUUCCAAACCUGGCGAACUACCCUGGAAAGGUACCCUGACACCCUACUUGGAAGCACAGAAAAAGAUUUCUUCUUCAACGAGGAGACCAAGGAAUACUUUUUUGACCGUGACCCUGAAGUGUUCAGGGCUAUUCUAAACUUUUACAGAACUGGCAAGCUGCACUACCCUAGGUAUGAAUGCAUCUCUGCCUACGAUGAAGAACUCUCUUUCUAUGGCAUAUUACCUGAAAUAAUAGGCGACUGCUGCUAUGAAGAAUAUAAAGAUAGGAAAAGAGAGAAUGCAGAAAGGCUAAUGGAUGACAAUGAAUAUGAGCACAGUCAAGAAGCCAUGCCCUCCCUUAAUUUACGCCAGACUAUGUGGCGAGCCUUUGAAAAUCCCCAUACCAGCACUUUAGCCUUAGUCUUCUACUAUGUGACUGGCUUCUUUAUUGCAGUGUCCGUCAUCACCAAUGUGGUCGAGACUGUUCCCUGUGGCACUGUGCCUGGAAAUAAGGAGCUUCCCUGUGGUGAAAGAUUUGAUGUAGCCUUCUUUUGCCUGGACACUGCCUGUGUCAUGAUUUUCACAGUUGAGUACCUCUUGAGACUUUUUGCAGCCCCAAGUCGAUACAGAUUUAUGAGAAGCGUCAUGAGCAUCAUCGAUGUGGUAGCCAUUAUGCCAUACUACAUAGGCUUAGUCAUGACCAACAAUGAGGAUGUGAGCGGUGCUUUUGUCACCCUGCGGGUUUUCCGGGUAUUCAGAAUUUUCAAAUUCUCGCGCCACUCCCAAGGUUUACGGAUCCUUGGGUACACCCUAAAGAGCUGUGCCUCUGAACUGGGAUUUCUUCUUUUCUCACUGACAAUGGCAAUCAUUAUCUUCGCCACAGUAAUGUUUUAUGCGGAAAAGGGGUCAUCUUCCAGCAAGUUCACCAGCAUCCCUGCUUCGUUUUGGUAUACCAUUGUUACCAUGACAACUCUGGGGUAUGGUGACAUGGUACCCAAGACCAUAGCUGGAAAGAUCUUUGGCUCUAUCUGCUCGCUGAGUGGGGUCCUUGUCAUUGCACUGCCUGUCCCUGUUAUUGUUUCAAAUUUUAGCCGGAUCUACCAUCAGAAUCAGAGAGCCGACAAGAGGCGAGCACAAAAGAAAGCUAGACUUGCCAGGAUAAAGGUGGCCAAGACAGGAACUUCAUCGGCCUAUCUGCACAGUAAAAGAAAUGGCCUACUGAAUGAGGCGCUGGAAAUGGUGGGCUCCACGGAGGAAGAUCCGCACAUUGGAAAAUCAGCUUCCCUGAUAGAGAGUCAACACCACCACCUGCUGCACUGCCUGGAAAAGACAACUGGAUUGUCCUAUCUUGUGGAUGAUCCCCUGUUAUCUGUACGAACUUCCACUCUAAAGAACCACGAGUUCAUGGACGAACAGAUGUUUGAGCAGAACUGUCGUGAGAGCUCCAUGCAAAACUAUCCAACCAGCCGCAGCCCAUCAUUGUCCAGUCACCAUGGACUUUCAUCCUGCUGUUCUCGAAGGAACAAGAAGACCACACAUUUCCCAAACUCUAAUGUUCCGGCUACAAGGCUACGUAGCAUGCAAGAGCUUAGCACUAUUCACAUCCAGUGUGGGGAUCAACCUACCCUAACUACAAGUCGAUCCAGCCUGAACUUGAAGGCAGACGACGGCUUAAGAUCAAACUGCAAAUCUGCACAGAUCACAACAGCGAUCAUAAGCAUCCCGACCCCCCCAGCUUUGACACCAGACGGAGAGAACCGACCUGCAAGCCCGCCUGGACGCACCACAAACAUUCACAAUACAAGCAACGUUGUAAAAGUUUCUGCGUUGUAAGACACUGUAACUAGCGUAGUAAAUCGAGGCUGCCGUGUCGUGUCCUUUUUUGCUGCAAAAUAGUGGAAUUAGCAGUGAAGAAGUGACAAGCUUCUGCUAAACUUGCCAUUUACCACCAUGGAAAAUUCACGAAGGAGCACUGGUUAUAUACAUAUACACCUAUACUCAUGCCUAUAGGGUUAUGUAUAUUUUGGAUGUUGGCUGCUAGGAAGUUUCAUGGCAAGUAAAGGAGUUAACACGAAAAGCAAACUGGCAACACUGUGUCUAAACACCUUUUUUUAAGGUUUUCAGUGGAUAAUAUUUAUUCAUGAAGAAAUGACUCAACUUACAAAAAUAAAUAAAAAAGGGAUUGACAAGGAGUAGCUUUUGAUGGUCAUCAAAAGGGAACGGGGACAAACCAAUGCAAUUUUCUUCUUGCAAGAGAAUCUGCAAGCAACCAAAAUGACACAAAGUUGUGUGUUACUGAUAAAAGGUCGGACUUAGGGGCUAGGGUGGGUUUUGGGGGGAACCGGUCAAAGAAAAUUCUAUUUUCCUGCAUUUUCUGUGAGAGUGGACAUUGAACUGUUCAGAGAACAGAAUAGCUCCUAGCACAUUUCAGGACGGGCACAUUGUAGAUGCGAGCACAUACUCACACUCAUCUUCCCUUGCUGAUGUUCUUAAUUCUUAGAUCAUUUUUGUAUUAGCCUUCUAAGUCCAAGCAGUGCAGGCUGUGAUGUUGUCAGGUAUUAUGUCUGUGAAGAUAAAAAAAAACAAAAAAAAACACAAAAAAACAACAAAAACAAAAAAAAUUAGUGAACCAUAAAGAAAAAAAAAAGUAAAAAAAAAAAGAAAAGUAUAUGAAAAUCUCUUUGAUAGCAUUUAGUUUACGCGCCACCAUUUAUUUCCUGCUUCAUAGUUUCUUUCCAUUCAGAAGCAGAAGAAGCUGCAAGUUCUGUAAGAAAAAAAAAAAAAGUAAAAUAAAGAAAAAAGUUAGAGAAGUACAUGAUACGGGAACUCUCCCUGAUAUCCGGUCACAAUGAAUUCAGGCACCCUGGAGUAGACGUGUUGUCAAGUUUUCUUAAUAUGGAGUAACCUGGAUUUUUAGAGCUCAGUGUAAAUACUGUAACCAUUCCUUGGUGUUUUUGCAUAAAUUUAUUGUGGCUCCGCACCUCAGGUGUUACUCAGAUAACAGACUGAUCGUGCCGCAGUGUGCUGUUAUAGGAGACUAUUUUUAUAUGCAUAUCUAUAUAUAUAUAUAUCUUAGUAAAGCUUAGGGCCAGGUACACUAGUGUAUUCUUCCAUCCAUACUAUGUUCCCCUGCUGAUAACGGCGUCAUUUUUAUUUUGUUCAUAUAAAAUCAGACCUUCACAUAUAGACAGGGUUUCUAGCUUUGAUAAGACAUAGGAAGCUGGGAUGUCUCGCUAGAUGCGCCGCGAGAAGGUAAGGAGCACCUUCCAAGUCAGUCAUGUUGCCCUCCAACUCAAUGGCUAGCACUCCUGCAUAGUUCUGAUGGAAGGAUCACGGUGCCAUUUUCAUUUACAGGGCAGAGAAAGGGUUAGAAAAUAUCCAUCAGCGCAGACCCAUCACCAUGUACGCCACAUGAUAUACACACCAUCAUUUCCGGCAUGUACUGUAUAACAAACUGCACUCUGGCUGUAUUUAGUAGCAUUGCAGCAUCACCAGAUUUAUGUUGAUAUACAACUCAGGUCAGUAGGUUUGACUAUAGAGAAGUCAGUCAUAGACUAGUAUAUAUGUGUGUCAUGAUGGUUGAUGGGAUGUAGGUGUUGAGCGGUAGCAUUAGCUCUGUUUUCAGUGCAUCAUGUUUACAGGAACAAAUUAUUCACGUAGAAGACCCAGACAGAAGACAUGAGAUCUUCUGUAUUCCUGAAAUUACGGUGAAAUAUAUGGACAGCCAUCUUUUUCUAGGAGGCUUGUUGGAUAGAGAGACAGGUGCAGUGUUUCCCUUACAAGUGCAUAGAUUUGACUACAUUGUUUUUACAUUUAUGUUACUUUCUAACAUAUAACAUGUUAAAGCCCUUGCUGCCUACUCUCUGUGUAUAUGUGACUUUCUUGUAUGUUCUUCUAUCUUCUGGGCUCAUACAUCAGUAGUAAUGUUGUGUAAUAAUUGGCCUAAGCCCAUAGCCGAUAAAGGAGAAAACACGAAAAGCCCCAAAAUUCCACAGAAUAAGUAAGAACAAUCUUAAAGUAGAAAAUAUUGCAAUGUAGUUGAAGCGGUAUUCCUAUUUAUCCCGAUUUAAUAUCCACACAGGCUAUACAUUUCUUUCUUUAGAUACAUAGUGGUGUGUAUCUAUAGUGGUUGCAUAGGUUUGCUACAAAGGCAUCUUUAUAUUUGGUUGCCUAUUUCUGUUGUCACCAACCCAGUCCUCAAGGGCCACCAACAAUCCAGGUUUUUUUCAGUUACUCAAUUGAAAUAGAAAAAUUCAAAUCCUAGACUGUUCUUGGGCCUGCAGGACCACGUUGGGGGCCUCUCAUCUAUAUGGUUCCCAAUAGCACUUAUAGAAUAUAUGACAGAAGGUUCAUGGUUUAUGCUAAACAGCACAACCUUCUUAGAUAUGAUCGAUUUUUCUAGUAUGAGACAGUUUUCUUCCUUCUGAAGGAGAGGAAGUUUGCAUACUUUUUCCUCUUAAGCAUUACCUAAAAAAUAAGUCUGCAUCCAAUUGCUUUUUUGUAGAAGAGUUAGGCUAGGUUGCCGUUUGCAUUCGACCUGUUAAGGGUCCGAUCAGCUCUUUUUUUUUCCAGCCGAAUGAACCCUGGAAUGUGUCAGAUGCAAACGGCUAAUGUUGGGUCCUGAUGGCCCCGUUCACUUGGAUGGGACCAGUCAGUGAUCUAGUAAUUUUACAGGAAUUUAGUGCUUGCACCAUUUUUUUUUCUGCUAAACUUGACUGAACUUCCAGUGGAGCUCAACCUAACAGAGCCCAACGGCAGUGUGAACGAGGCUUUAGUACUCCCUCUGCUAAUAGUUUGAGAAGGAUCAUUGACAUUUUCAGCACCUGUUUUACAGGAAAGCAAUUGGCCCAUAUAUGGGAUGAGGUGCCAUUGAAUUUACUAGUGCUAUAAUGAGAUCUAAUAAAGUCUCUCUUUUGAUCGGCCCUCUUUGAAAGUGUUGUCUGUGGCCUUUAAUAUUUUGCUCGGGGGGGAUUAUAAAAAAAAAGAAAAAUACUUACCUGCACUGUUCCCUACAGCUCCAAGCGUGUCAUCAUCUGGUCCCCACUCAUCAUCACAGUUUUCUGCUCCACAUCUUAGCAGGUAUUAUGCAAUCACUUGCUGCAGCAGUGUCCCACCUCAGUUAGUGACAGAAUAGGCAGGCAGUUCCUGCUGAGAUGAGUCCGUCUCUAAAAUAGGAAGAUCAGUGACAAACAGGGACCAGAUUAUGUCAUUCCAGGAGCUGCAGGGAACCAGGGCAGGUAAGUAUAUCUUUUUUAUUAUUUUUUUAUUGCACUCCCAGCAAAAUAUAAAAAAAGAAAAAUAAGAAGCAGGGCAACCUCUUUAAUAAAUGUUGAUUUAUUUCUUAUACAAUAUAACAAUCAGAAUUAGAGUUAGGGGAGUAGCCAUAGGGGGUAUAAUGGUUGCUUUUACACCUCUGCACUGAAGAUUGAAGGGGCCCAAAGUUUUGCCUGCCCACAUGAGGAGACCUAUGCUACAAAUAUCAUAUUAGUUAGAGGCCCUGAUACAGAUUUUGCACUGGGGCCCAAGAGUUUUAAGUUAUGCUUUUGAUUGAAGAUAUAUAUUGAUUUAUUUAUAUAUAUAUAUAUAUAUA